UUUGCUUCAGACGCUAGCGGCGGAGUUAUGCAGCUCUCUUCGUGAUAAUUGUUUUGUUUUGUUUUUUAUUCGGUCAGAAGUCUGAUCAUGCUAUAUCUUGAGAAAAUAGCCGUUUAGUUUAACAGUGGGUAUGAAACAUGUCGCUCUGCGGCUAACGUUAGCCACCUAGCUGGUUAGCUCCUGUUGCUAGACAACGAGGAGCUAGCCAAACAAAUCGGGCUAAAGGAACCGAGAACCUGCUUUUAAUCUUUUAAAUUCCUCAUUUCGUGGUACCACGGUGUGAUUAAACUCAAUGGCAGACGAGGGGAGAAGAGGGGAGGAGGACGACCGCGGUCCGGGAGCGGCUUAUCAGGCUUUUGCGGUGAUGGAGAGUCUGCUGGACAAGUUGACGCUUCUUCACUACGAGGACGUUCUGGCGAAGCACAACAUGAAGCUUCUGUCCAGACACUACUUCGUGUCCAGCCCGUACCUCCCAUCCAACCCCGGCGAGCAGUUCUACAUGUUCACCAUCCUGGCGGCGUGGCUCAUCACCGUAGCCGGGAAGCCUUUCAGCGAGCCGCAGGAGUACGACGAGCCCAACGCCACCGUGUCCAACAUCCUGGCCGAGCUGCGCUCCUUUGGUGUGAAGGUGGACUUUCCACCCUCCAAGCUCAAGUCCGGCUCCGGUGAAUACGUCUGCUUCGUGCUGGACCGGCUGGCCGACGAGGCUCUGAGGAGGACGGGCUUCACUUUCAGAAAGCCCAAAUACCCCACAGAAAGCACAGAGGAGGAGUCGGUCAUGGAGGACGAUGCAGAGCUCACGCUCAGCAAAGUGGAGGAGGAAAUGACUGAGGAGGCUGACGAGGAGGAGGAGAGCAUCAUGGACCUGAAGGCUCUGCAGUUACGAACCACGCACACGGAAGUGGAGCCGUCCUCCAAACCCGAGGACAUCCUGGAGUCCACGGUGGACGCGGAAGAGUGGAGCCUGGAGGUGGAGCGAGUCCUGCCCCAGCUCAAGGUCACCAUCAGGACGGACAACAAGGACUGGAGGAUCCACCUGGACCAGAUGCAUCAGCACCGGGACGGGAUCAAGUCCUCGCUCACAGAGGCCAAGGGCUACCUGGACAAGCUGCAGGAGGACAUCGGGAAGACUCUGGAGAAAGUGAGCAGCAGGGAGAAGUACAUCAACAACCAGCUGGAGCCGCUGAUCCAGGAGUACCGCAGCGCUCAGGCCAGGCUGAGCGAGGUGAAGGAGCGCCACCAGCAGGCCAGUGGGAGAGUGACGGAGAAGACCAGAGUCCUGGCCGAGAUCAGCGAGGAGCUGGAGAAAGUGAAGCAGGAGAUGGAGGAGAAGGGCAGCAGCAUGUCGGAUGGAGCUCCGGUGGUGAAGAUCAAGCAGAGUCUGACCAAGCUGAAGCAGGAGAUCGUCCAGAUGGACGUGAGGAUCGGCGUGGUGGAGCACACGCUGCUGCAGGCCAAGCUCAGCGAGAAGUCCAACAUGACCCGCGACAUGCACGCCACCAACAUCCCCGAGCCCGCCGCCGGACACUUCGUGUGAUGGACACUCUUUCUUUUAUUUAAUAUGCUUUCUUCUCUUUAAAAACAUCUCAUAUCUUCGUUUUGUAUAUUUUUUUAGUGAAUAAUAACAUAAAAUAAACUUUGAUAUUGUAA